CAUACCUACGCCUCAACCUUGCUGUCAACUGUAAAGCGAAUCGUCCACAAAUACACAAACAAGAAGUAUGAGCAGUGAACACAAGAACGGCGCAGGGGCACAUGAUGAAGAAGAGGAUGACUACAUGAACAUGUCCUUUGACGACCCAGCACCUGUAAAAGAGACAUCCAUACAGCGGGUACAGCGAUUGAAGCGUGAAUCGCGAGCACGCGGUAUCAUCAAGUCGAAAGAGCAAAUCGCAGAGGAAGAAGAAGCCGCACGUGAAAAGGCUCUCUCAACCUCAAUGCUUGACGAUGCCAAGGCGAAAAAGAGCAAAGGACUCGCCAUGAUGGCCAAGAUGGGGUUCACAGGCGGUGGCCUAGGAAAGAAGACAGAAGAUGGGGCUGCUCCUGGGCGCACAGAGCCUAUCAAGGUCAGCGUGAAGGACGACCGUGGAGGUAUUGGGUUGGAUAAUGAAAAGAAACGAAAAGUCAGAGAAGCAGCUGAAGAGAGGGACAUCAAGGCUGUUAAAAUGGACCCAGACGAGUAUCGAGAGCGAGUGAGAAGAGAGCGCGAGGAUGCAAGGCUUGAGAGGCAGUUCUUUGCAGCCCAGCGCACGGCGGAGAGGAUGGACGAUGAAAAGACAGAAGUUUAUUGCCCUGAUGCUUCACUGCCAGAUUCUGAAAGUGAAAAGGAAAAGUCAAGACCGAUAUCAUCCCGCCCUCUCAAGUCAAUACCGAUUAUUUAUCGCGGACUAGUCAGGCACAGAGAAGAAGUAGAACGCGACCGUCGUAUGCGCUACGAUCUUGAGCAAUCACUAUCGCGACUACCAACAUACGAAGACGAUCAGGAAGAUGCAGACGACAAAAGAGCACUCGGGAAGGGACACACCUUGUAUGCUACGGCUGAAGAUCUUGACGAAGAAGACGAGGAGUUGGACCAGUUCAAUGAGCUAGAGAUCGGGGAUCGGUUGAAGAGCGUGUUGGAGUAUCUAAGAGAGAAGCACCAGUAUUGCUUCUGGUGCAAAAUGGUCUAUCCUGAUGCUGAGAUGGAGGGUUGUCCAGGUUUGACCGAGCAGGACCAUGAUUAAUUGAGACAGUGUCGUGCGAGUCAUGACUAUUUUAUGUCAAGGCAGAUAGACACUUCGUUUUAAUUUAACCGAUAUUGACAUACUAGGAAAGCUUCAAGACACCCUUAUAUAUAUAUAUAUAUAUAUACCACAAAGGCUACUUGCACCUGGUUACUUGCU